AUGGCAGCUGGCAACGAGCCACCUGUGCAAUCGGUCAAGAAUGUGAAUCUUGCCAGCAUCCCAGCCGUAUCCAUGCCCGGCCUCAUCUUACUGAAUGGCAAACGAGCUGGAAUCCAGCAGGCAUAUCGUAAGCUGUGGGUUGACAACAAUCUUGAUGCAAUCAUUACUCCCGGCGCACCCACGACAGCCACUCCACUGGACAAAUGGGAUUCAAUUACAUACACGAUGCUGUGGAACUUCAUGGACUAUCCCACUUGCAUCAUCCCAGUCGAUUGCGUGCAGAGCGGCGACGUCGUUGACAGUGUCAGCCAUGCCAUAAAUGGCGAGCGUGACGAGCACAAUUACCUCAUGUACACCGGUCCAGAAGCGUAUGCCAAUGCCGCACUCUCAGUGCAAGUGGUUGGGAUGAGACAAGAGGAUGAACGACUGGCGCAGAUUGUAUGCCAAGUUGACAAGAUCCUUAAUGUCAAGCAUACAAAGGAGCAUGCAUUACCAAUGCUGUGA